AUGGCCCAGCCGCAAUUCAAGUUCUCCACGGUAACUGGCUUCUUCCUCCAGGAUGAGCCCACCACCGACGCCGUCACAUUUGACUAUUCCAAGGAGAACUUUGGCCUCAUAGCUGACUCCAAUCUUAUCUCCACCCAAUGGGAGAAAUUCAAGCAAAGAAUCGAAGACCUAAACGCCCUAGGCGGAUCGUCCGUACAAUACAAGGUCCUUUUCCUAGGCCGCCACGGGCAAGGCGUGCACAAUGUGGCUGAGCAGAGAUACGGCAAAGCAUGGGAUGAUUAUUGGUCCAAGCUGGACGGCGACGAAUACGGUACCUGGUUCGAUGCCCGCCUCACAGAUCUGGGGAUCUCGCAGGCUGAAACGGCGCGCGCGACAUGGAAGCACCAGAUGGGGUUUGGUAUCCCGGCGCCGCAGUCGUACUAUGUUAGUCCGUUGACGAGGACGUGCCAGACCGCGCAAAUUACCUUUGAGGGGGUAGGGUUGCCGCUGACGAAGCCCUUUAGGCCGUUGAUUAAGGAGCUUCUUCGGGAGACAAUUGGGGAGCAUACGUGUGAUAAACGAUCGAAAGCAUCUGAGAUCGCGGCGGAGUUCCCGGAAUAUCGCUUUGAGGCGGGGUUUGAUGAAGAGGAUCUUCUGUAUAGCCCGGACAAGCGAGAGACUGACGAAGAGCGAAAUAAGCGCUUUGCUAUACUGCUGAACGAUAUUUUUGCGACCGAUGCGAAUGUCUAUCUCUCGUUGACGGCGCAUUCGGGUGCUAUCACGAGUAUCCUGGAGGUUGUUGGUCACAGACCCUUUCCUUUACUGACUGGAGCGGUAAUUCCGGUGAUCGUGCAAGCGGAGAGGGCCUGA